ACCCCGCUUGGAUUCCCGGGGCGAGACCGAAGGCGUACAACGCACGCCAGCGCCCGAGCCGGGCUGCGCGGGACGCUGCACGGACCAGCGCGCCGCCACAGCCCCGACCCGCUGCAGCAGCCGCCUCGUCUCGUGUCGUCUGUGCCCCGCCGCGCCGCGGUACGGGCGCUUCACGGCCUCGCUUCUGCUGCCUAAACAAUGACCUCCCUCCGGCGGAAACCAGACCCCGACUAAGGAUCCGCGGCGCAAAACUAUGGCUGAAGUGCUUUCCUCCCGGCCUCAGACAGCCGGGCCGGGCCCGGGCCAUGGCUUCGAGGAGCGCCCGCCCGCCCGGGAAGAGGAGGGAAGCGCCGCGCGGGCAUGACACGGCGCCGGUCCGCGGGCCUGGCGGGGCCGGAGCGGUGUGGAGGCCCGGCUCGCGGAGGGCAGCGGCGGACACGUCCUGCCGCGGCCGGAACAAAGGGCGCGGGGAGCGAACCCGGCCCGGCCGCACGUGCGCAGCGCAUCCAGCCGGUGACAGCGGGCCGCCGCCGCUCGCCUCGGCCCCGCGGCCUGGCGGGGGGCGGCGGCGGGCCCUGCCCGUCCCGGCGACAGCCGCCGCGGGCGGAGGAGGCCCCGGCCCCUUCCACUUGGCCGCAGGCGCGAGAAGGGCCGCGGGUUGCCGGCCGAGCCCCGGCCCGGCACCGCUUACCAUGGCGGCGGUGGCGCGCGCGGCCCAGCCCGGCCCGGCCCCGGCCCUGCUCCGUCCUCCGGGCCCGCAAGAUGGCGGCGCCGAGCCACGUCCGCAGCCGGAAGCGCCGCCUGCCCCGCCCCGCCCCCCACCCCCGCUCUCGCGAGACCCGGUCGCCACGGCAACGGCAACGGCAACGGCCCGGCGGGAUGGCGGCGCUGCAGACGCGGGCGGUGGAGAACCAGCCGUACGACGAGAGCCUGGACGCGGCCGACGCCGAGGAGGAGGCCAGCGCCGCCAGCCCCCCGGGGCGGCCGCCCUCCGCCCGCGCCGCCGCGCCGCGCCGCGCCCCGGGCCCGCCCGACACCAGCAGCGACGAGGAGCGCGGCGCGAGCGGCCGGCAGAGAGCAGCGCCGCACGCGGCCGCCCCGCGAGGGUUCAGUGCGGACGAGGACGAGGACGAGGACGACAACUCGUCUGAAUCGGAGGAGGAGGAGGAGGAGGAGGAGCACGGCGCCCCGCUGCAGGGUGCCUACAACCCAGCAGAUUACGAUUAUCUACCGGUGUCUGCCGAGAUUAAAGAACUCUUCCAGUACAUCAGGAGGUACACCCCACAGACGGUAGAGCUCGAGCACAGCCUGCAGCCUUUCAUCCCAGACUUCAUUCCAGCCGUUGGCGACAUCGAUGCCUUCUUAAAGGUUCCACGUCCUGACGGCAAACCAGAUAACCUUGGGCUGUUGGUACUGGAUGAGCCGUCUACAAAGCAGUCAGACCCUACAGUGCUCGCUCUCUGGCUAACAGAAAAUUCAAAGCAGCACAGUGUCUCACAGGUAAAAGUGAAGAGCUUGGAAAAUGCUGAGAAGAAUCCCAAGGCCAUCGACAACUGGGUUGAGAGCAUAAGUGAAUUGCAUCGCUUCAAGCCACCUGCCACUGUGCACUACACCAGGCCAAUGCCCGAUAUCGAUGCUCUGAUGCAGGAAUGGUCUCUAGAAUUUGAGGAACUCUUGGGAAAGGUGAGCCUCCCCACCGCAGACAUCAGCUGUGGCCUGGCAGAGUACGUUGACAUGAUAUGUGCGAUCCUGGACAUCCCUGUCUACAAGAGUCGGAUCCAGUCUCUGCAUGUCCUCUUCUCGCUAUAUUCGGAGUUCAAGAACUUACAGCAUUUCAAAGCUCUGGCAGAAGGAAAGCAGGUCAGGAGUCCUGUGUCCAACCCACCCGAGGCAGAGGCAGACGUACUAAGCUUCAGCUGAGGGCAAAGCCUUUUCUUCCUGGCUCAGGCCUGCGUCUGGGAAUAAAGCCUGACAAGACAUGCUUCCAGGCUCUUCAGAGUGUCUGGAUACCCUCAUGGUCAGUGGCAGCUGCUGCGCAGAGCUCACUUCAGCUUGUUCCCAUGGAUCCCAGCCUUGAAGGAGCUCGCAUAACGCAGCCAUGGCAGGGCUAGCAGUGCUGUCAGCACCUGAGCCAGGGCAGAGCCCACCUCCUGUGGGCUUUUCCCUUGUGGUUCAGCCCUCCCUGCUUGAGAGGGGCCACAGCCCUCCAGUAGCUUCCCUGCUGCCUGCCUCUGGCAUCCCAAUAAAGUCCUGAUGAGCCGUGCAA